AUGAUUUGUUCAGAUUUUUUAGAAUUCCAGGAUGUGUUAAAAAAGAUGAGAGUAUUAGAUGAUAAAAUAGUUUACGCAUUAAAUACAUCUUUACCCACUGAAUCAUUUCAAAAUAAAGUAGAUCCAUCCUUGGUUUGUCAAGAUUUGUAUAACCAGCUACAAAAAGGGCAUGGCGAAAGAGAAAAUAUAAUUAAAAACUGUAUAGUAUCAACUGCUGAAGGUGUUAAAAAAUUAAUGGUUGCUAAAGAACGUUCUCCAUAUGAUGUAGAUGUCCUUAUGAAUUUAAAAACUGAACAACGAAAGUUGCGUUUAUUACAAACAGAACUCAGUGUGGAGGAAGUGAUCAAGGAAAAAACUACAAAGUUAUUCACAGAAAAAUGUAGAAGUUAUUAUAAGCCGAAUAAUUUA